AAGUUGUAAAUCUCGCGCUGACUCAUAUCACGUUGGUGACUUGCGCCCAGCUAAGACCUAUAAUCUUCGUAUGUUUGCCGUCACAGCGUGGGCAUAAGUGAAGGCAGCAUGUUCUUACAGUCAUCACAAAAGAAGCAGUACCAGAGGGCCCCCCGCUCGAUGUACAGCUAGAAGCACUCUCAACUCACAGUAUCAAAGUCUCCUGGAAGCCCCCACGAGCCGAUCUGCGAAAUGGGGUUCUGCGGAGUUACAACCUGAGCUACAGAGAGUACAAUCCUGCUGGAAGACACUUCAAGAAGUGGCAGCACCAAAGUGUUCCAGCCAUACGGGAGACUGAGAACCUCAUCCUGAACAACUUGAGGCCUUCCACAAGUACAGUGUGCAUAUCCAGGCUAAAACAAAUGCAGGAGUGGGGCCUGCGUCCACCGCACUUCUCUGCUCCACUUUAGACGAGGUUGUCACAACUUUAGUCAUGGACUUGGCAUCAACUACUGCGACUGUGAUGCCACAUAAAACUUCCAGCUUCACCACAGUACUCGCAUCAUCUUCAUCAUCAUCAUCAUCAUCAUCAUCAUCAUCAUCAUCAUCAUCUGAAUCUUCUGAGACCACGCCACUUAUGACCACAGUCUUUGCAGAAAGUUCUACAAUUUUCUUUCCAGUGGUCCCGGAUCCACCCAUCUUAGAGUUAAUCGAGAUCAAUGACAACACAGUGUCUCUGUGUUGGAUUGCUGGCUAUGAUGGAGGCAGCCCCGUCACUGGCUAUAACCUGGAGUAUAAAGCAGCGAACGCGUCAUGGGAUUACACAAAGACAGUUGUGGACUUCAGCUCCAAUGAGACAGAUGCCACAAUAAUAGAGAUACAUCCCUCAACAUACAACAUCCGCAUGUUUGCCAGGAACAGAUGGGGAAUGAGUGACACCAGUAACGUCCUUACCGUCACUAUUGGAGAAGCAGGUCAUUGGAGAAGCACACUCACUACGACCGUAUCUGCUGACCAUCAGGCUGCUGUGAGCGUUGAGGAAAGUCAAAGCGGACACCUUGCUGCCAUUGUUGUGCCAGUGGUCUUGGUGGUGGUGAUUAUCACCAUGGUGGUCACCUGGCGACUUCACCGGAUAAAGCAGAGGAAAGGCAGCCUAGAAAUGUGGGUGACCAGCGGCAAAAUACGUUAUCAAGCAUCAGAGUCGCUGCAAGAGCUCUAAGAUUUACUCUGCAGUUUUAGAUUUGCAGAGAGUAAUUUGAUAUGAUUUUGUUCAUGAAAUUUGAAAUAAAGAGCGCG